UCAUCUCCCUAUCUGCAAACCAAAAUGUCUAUAAACCACUUCUCUCAAGACUUCCAUCAGCCCCUCUUCCCAUCUCCCCACCUCCCCAUCAUGCUUAAUAACAACCCCAAAUCCUCCCUCUCCGACCACCUCAAGCAGCCCAUGUUCGAGAAGCCCUUAACCCCCAGCGACGUUGGGAAACUCAACCGCCUCGUUAUCCCCAAGCAGUACGCGGAGAGAUACUUUCCCCUCUCACCCUCCUCCUCCUCCUCCUCCGCCGCCGCUGCCACUGCCCACUCUGCUGACAAGGCCUUGCUUCUCACCUUUGAAGAUGAGUCUGGAAAGCUGUGGCGCUUCCGUUACUCUUAUUGGAAUAGUAGCCAGAGCUAUGUGUUGACUAAGGGCUGGAGCCGCUUUGUCAAAGAGAAGCGCCUUGACGCUGGUGAUUGCGUCGUUUUUGAACGCCACCGCUCUGAUGGCGACAGGUUGUUCAUUGGCUGGAAGCGCCGCUCGACGCCCUCUCCGGCGGAGGCUGCUGUGGCGCCAAGUGGCAGUGGCGGUGGGUGUUGGACUAGAAUGUUCUACUCUGCAAACCCAUAUCCUUCUCAUCAUCAUCUUCCUUCACCGCCAUACCAAUCUCCGGGUUCUACUCUUCCAGAGUCCUCUGUUCAGAGUCAAACAGUAUCGGUUGGGAAUUCAAAGAUACUGCGGCUGUUCGGGGUGGACUUAGAGUGCCAAACCGACAUGUCGGAACCUGAACCACCGUCGACGGUCGGAGGCGUGUCAAGUAUAUCGGGUCGGGAUCCGACCCGCCACAUUUUCUACUCACAUUAUUCUUCUGCCGUUCCUCAUCACAUGGAUUUCACUUUCCCACAAGAUGUCAAGCAGACGAAAUAUCAAGGAUAGAGAUGUGUGGAUGUGACGUCCCUGUACCGCAAAACCCACUUUUUUAUCUUUC